UUUUCGAGAAAUUGGACAUAACACUAAAGAGGCUAUUUUGGAAUCGCUGGCUUCCUUCAUUCUUAAUUAAGUUUAGUUUGAGAAGCACGAACGUUAUACGAUUUUAUUCAGACGCAAAUUAUGGCAAAACAUCAUCCAGACCUUAUUUUCUGCAGGAAGCAACCAGGUGUUGCUAUCGGUCGUCUAUGUGAAAAGUGUGAUGGAAAGUGCGUUAUUUGUGACUCAUAUGUUCGCCCGUGCACUCUUGUUCGUAUAUGUGACGAGUGUAAUUACGGAUCAUAUCAAGGACGUUGUGUCAUAUGUGGUGGUCCAGGUGUUUCAGACGCUUAUUACUGUCGACAAUGCACAUGUUUAGAAAAAGAUAGAGAUGGGUGUCCUAAAAUCGUCAACUUAGGAAGUGCAAAAACUGAUCUAUUUUAUGAGCGUAAGAAAUAUGGAUUCAAAAAACGCUGAUCUAUUCCAAGAAAUAUACCUUUUGUACAUGUUUUUCACUUCACAGUAAAGCGUUUUUUUAAUGAUCUAUUUUCAAUCUCAUGUGUUACUCAGUAGUGCUACGGUUAUCAUUCUUAACUCACCUUUACUCAUAAUAUGCACAUUUCUCGUACGUACGUAACUUUUGGAAGUAAAAGGACGCUGCAUGUAUUAUUGGUAGUUUUCUAAAGAAUGUGACACUCGAAAUAUAAUUUAACUGUACG